ACCUGUUGCUGUCUUUCCAGGAGUCACCCUCCAUCUCCAUCCCGUCUACCAGGCCCAGCAUGGUGGCUGUGAAGUAAGCGGAGUAGGAGGAGGCCUGGGUGGAGCUCCAGUCUGAACUGAACCUGCUGCUUCCCAGACAUCUCCAUGACAACCAUGGCCUUGGAGAAGCCUGAUGGAGGCCUGGGCAGCUGCCAGGCGGUGACACCCAGGCUGGCGGACUCCAGCAGCUGGGCCCACGAUUCUCAGGAGCCAGAGGCUGAGGGUAACCCUGCGGGUAAAGUGGAUGCCAGGCCCAAGAAGACAGAAAAGGAGUCUGUGGCCAAAGUGGCCCCAGGACCCAGCAAGGAGAGGCUGAAAGCAGGAGCAACCCCCAGGAGCCCCGCGCGCAAGAAGACGCAGGCCGCGCCGCCCCCGCAGCCGCCGCCGCCGCCCCCGGCCCUGAGCGAGGAGCUACCCUGGGGAGACUUGACGCUCAACAAGUGCCUGGUGCUCGCCUCGCUGGUGGCGCUGCUGGGCUCAGCCUUCCAGCUGUGUCGCGACGUCGUGGUUGGAGUGGCGGACGCCCCUGCACCUGUCCCUGAGCCAUGGGUCCCUCCACGCUCUGCGCCAAAGAAGCCGGCGUCGCCCUCGCUGAAGCCCGAGGCCUGGACUCCCCCAGCGGGACCCUCUGCGCCCCAGGUGCAGGCAGAGGAGAAGACAGAGGUUCCCAGGAGUGCAGAGGCUGCAGAAAAGGAGGAAGGGGACCCUGAGGAGGCCGCUGGGGAGGAGCGCGCGCCCCUCGCCCACGAGGGGCCCAAGGAGAGGCUGCAGAAAGAGAGGCCGCGGAAGGAGAGGCCGCGGAAGGAGAGGCCGGGACUGAAGAGUGAAAGAGAGACCAUGGAGGAGAAGCCACGGCCCGCCAGGGAGCCCCGGGAACCCCCACCCCAGCGCUGGAAGGCACGAGAAGAAGGCCAUCGACCGUGGGUGCGGGACUCCAGAGACCCUAAGCACAGGAAGAGGCAGGCCUGGGCCUCUCCGCGACGCCCCAACGCAGAGGACUGGCCUCCGGGCCGCCAGAAGCACCGCGCCGGGAAGGGGCGAGACUGAGCCGGGCCUGGGUCCCGCGCCGGAAUCCCGGGACAUCUUCCGAGUAGCCCCUGGUUCUAGCGAAAUAAAGCGAGUGCUGUGGCC